AUGGCCAGGCGGACAGAGAGAGACAGCAUCAGCGUCAAACCAUCUGAGUGGAGAGUUUACGCAGUAGCUUCAGCACCUUGGACAGCACCAGCUAGAAUCCCAACAAAGAACAGCCGCAACUACAUAAGCACAGCGAUGUCACAGCGGACCGGACCCCAGCUGCUGCUUCUAAUAGCCCUGUGCAGUGUGUUAUAUUCCCGCACCUUGAGUCUACCAUACGCCUCAAUGAGACCAGCAAGACACGCAGACGGUUUGUUCACCAGUGGAUACAGUAAACUUCUGGGGCAGCAGUCAGCGCGGAGGUAUCUGGAGUCGCUCAUCGGGAAGAGGGUCAGUGAUGAGCUUUUGGAGGAGCCAGUGAAGCGCCACACAGAUGCCAUCUUCACAGACAACUAUAGCCGCUUUCGGAAGCAGAUGGCUGUUAAGAAAUACUUGAACUCAGUCUUAACUGGAAAGAGGAGCCUUGAAGACCCAGUCACCAGUGACUCGGAUGAGUCCAGGGGCAAACCGACAGCCUUCCAGGAGAGCUAUGACGACCUCAGUGUAGACCACUUCAUCAACAACUUUCAGCUGCCACUUUGA